CUGGCCCAAACCGCUUCCUCCGCUCAAACACCUCUGUAUUGACAUAAGCUGCUAUUAUGUAGAAAUGAGGGUGGGAUGCUCUUGAGAUGUAGGAAGAAGGAGGAAACGACCACAAAGAGAGCUUGCAUGGUUAUUAGCUGUGGUGUAGUUCCAACAGCAUCGUUUUCAGUCGGUGGAUGAGAAGAAGACGGCAGUAAGAAGUAGAAAGAUGUUCGGUUUAUGAUGCGACUCAAUGUGUCGCCGCAGUGCCGCUCGACGAUUAUGACUGCUCUCUACCCGAGCACCGCUUCGGCCUCGCCGGAUAAAUACCUGGCUCUGAAAGAUGUGAGGGAAGUGAAGGAGGACACAACGUUGGACGAAAAGCUCUUUCUGCUGGCGUGCGAGAAAGGAGAUUAUUAUAUGGUGAAGAAACUUCUUGAAGAGAAAAGAAAUGAUGAACUUAAUAUCAACUGUGUGGAUGUAUUAGGAAGAAAUGCUGUGACAAUCUCUAUUGAAAAUGAGAAUCUGGAUAUACUGCAACUUCUUCUAGAACAUGGUUGUCAGACAACAGAUUCGCUUUUGGUUGCAAUUGAUUCAGAAGUUGUUGGUGCUGUUGAUAUAUUAUUAAACCAUCGGCCAAGAAGGUCUUCUAAGCCCUCAAUUGCGAAACUAAUGCAACGUAUUCAGAACCCUGAAUAUUCCACAACAAUGGAUGUAGCCCCAGUAAUUCUAGCUGCACAUCGCAACAACUAUGAGAUUCUUACCAUGCUGCUUAAACAGGAUGUCUCUUUGCCGAGGCCUCAUGCUGUGGGUUGCGAGUGUACUUUGUGUAAUGCCAAAAAUAAAAAGGACAGUCUACGCCAUUCUAGAUUUCGUCUUGAUAUUUAUCGCUGCCUGGCAAGCCCCUCACUUAUAAUGCUGACAGAAGAGGAUCCUAUACUGAGAGCCUUUGAGCUCAGUGCUGAUCUGAAGGAGCUUAGUCUUGUUGAAGUUGAAUUUAGAACUGAUUAUGAAGAGCUGGCAAAGCAAUGUAAGAUGUUUGCAAAAGACCUUCUUGCCCAGGCUCGCAAUUCAAGGGAACUUGAGGUGAUUUUAAACCAUACCUCAAGCGAGGAGCCUGUGGACAAACGGGGCCUCCUGGAGGAGCGAAUGAAUCUGAGCCGUCUUAAACUGGCCAUUAAAUACAACCAAAAAGAGUUUGUUGCCCAGUCAAAUUGUCAACAAUUUCUGAACACUGUCUGGUUUGGACAAAUGGCUGGUUAUAGGCGAAAGCACACAUGUAAGAAGAUCCUGACUGUCCUAACUGUGGGCCUCCUUUGGCCAGUUCUGUCUGUCUGCUACUUCUUGGCACCCAAAUCCAGGGUUGGACAAGUCAUCCAUACUCCUUUCAUGAAAUUUAUAAUACACAGUGCAUCAUAUUUUACGUUUCUUCUUCUACUCAACCUCUACUCUUUAGUUUACAAUGAAGAUAAAAAGAACACAAUGGGCCCUGCUUUAGAGAUGAUAGACUAUCUCCUCAUUGUUUGGAUUGCUGGAAUGGUGUGGUCAGAUGUGAAAAGGUUGUGGUAUGAAGGGCUGGAAGAUUUUCUGGAAGAAUCUCGUAAUCAGCUUAGCUUUGUUAUGAACUCCUUGUACUUGUCAACAUUUGCUCUCAAAAUUGUGGCUCACAGUAAGUUUCCAGAUAUUGCAGACCGGAAGGACUGGGAUGCUUUCCACCCUACUCUGGUUUCUGAGGGACUGUUUGCUUUUGCCAAUGUUCUUAGCUAUCUUCGACUGUUUUUUAUGUACACCACAAGUUCUAUUCUUGGACCUUUGCAGAUCUCAAUGGGACAGAUGCUUCAGGACUUUGGUAAAUUUCUUGGACUAUUUCUUCUUGUUCUGUUUUCCUUCACCAUUGGUUUAACUCAACUUUAUGACAAGGGAUUCGCCAACGAAGGGGAGAAAGACUGUGCGGGCAUCUUCUGUCAGCGACAGAGCAAUGAUACAUUCCAUUCGUUCAUUGGCACAUGCUAUGCCCUCUUCUGGUACAUUUUUUCCCUAGCCCAUGUGGCACUGUUUGUAACACGACUGAGCUACACUGACGAGUUACAGUCAUUUGUUGGAGCCUUAAUUGUUGGCACAUACAAUGUGGUGGUUGUGAUUGUUCUGACCAAAUUACUUGUUGCCAUGUUACACAAAAGCUUCCGGCAAAUAGCGAAUCAUGAAGACAAAGAGUGGAAGUUUGCCCGUGCAAAGCUAUGGCUCAGCUAUUUUGAUGACAAGUGCACUUUACCUGCCCCCUUUAACAUCAUUCCUUCACCUAAGACCAUCUGCUAUCUAGUCACCAGCCUUAACAAGUGGAUCUGUUCCCACACCACGACAGGCAAGGUCAAGCGGCAAAACAGCCUCAAAGAGUGGAGGAGCCUGAAGCAAAAACGAGAUGAAAAUUACCAGAAGGUAAUGUGUUGUCUUGUUCAUCGAUACUUGACAUCGACGAGGCAGAAAAUGCAAAGCACUGACCAGGCAACUGUAGAAAACCUCAACGAACUCAGGCAGGACCUCUCCAAGUUUCGAAAUGAAAUGAGGGACCUUCUGGGCUUUCGUACUUCAAAGUAUGCAAUGUUUUAUCCAAGAAACUAAAGGGUCCUGCUCAGAAAUGCUUGUGGUUAUCAGUCAUAAUACAAAAUCAUUCUGAUCUCAUAAAGACUGAAAUGCAGCUAUAUUAAAUAUUUAUAAUUAAAAGCAAAGUGUUAAAAACUUUAUUUCUUAUUAUUUUGUGGAUUUAAAAUUUUGCACCUUGUUAUUUUAUUUUUAGAUUUUUGUUCUAUUACAUAUUACAAAUAGAAAUAAACGUUUUGGAAAAACUUUUGGCUUUGUAACAUACUUGAAAUUACCUUUUUAAAUGUAUUUGUCGACACAUUCUAAAAUGAUAAAAUUAAUAUAU